CCAAAUAUGACUCUGUUUCCCUGCACAGUGAACCACAGCCUCCGACAUGCCUGCUCAGACUGAUAAAUCUUACGAGAGGAGACAAGUAGCACUGCCACUGCUCUGUUUAUAAUUCAAAUUCUUAAAUCAAACUUCACUCUAAAUGUAACCUAUUCGUGAGUAGACGUUGAACAAAGAGCCCUGCUGGUUGAGAGGUCAGGGUUUGCUCUCCAGACUGCAAACGGAUUUUUUAGACCCAGACAGGACCAGUAAUAUCGGACACAAGGCAGCGGGCUCGAGCCUGUGAUCCUCCCGACGUUCCUGACGUCAAUGUAUAAGGACCCAGCAGUGCCGGGGCGGCAGGCACAUAAGGGCUGAAGAAAAGAAAGAGAUUGAAUCCUGACCGGACCCUGUUGAUUUUGAUAUAGUCUUAAUUUAUUGCUGAGCAUUCUGUGACUGACCACGGCCUGAGCUGAAGAGGGGGGUCCCAAUCCCGAGAGUGUAUGCGUGUGUGCAGCUAUGGGGAAGGACUACUACAAGACCCUGGGAAUCCCCAAGGGCUCCAAUGAGGAGGAGAUCAAGAAGGCCUACCGGCGCAUGGCACUGCGCUUCCACCCUGACAAGAACAAGGAUGCCAACGCCGAGGAGAAGUUCAAGGAGAUCGCAGAGGCCUAUGAGGUACUCAGUGACCCCAAGAAGAGGGUCGUCUAUGAUCAGCUAGGAGAGGAAGGUUUGAGGACAGGAGGCAGCAGCUCUUCAGGUGCUCCUGGCAGCGCAACAUACCACUAUACCUUCCACGGAGACCCACACGCCACCUUUGCCUCCUUCUUUGGCGGCUCCAACCCCUUCGACAUGUUUUUUGGCUCCAACCGCAGCCACAGCCGCUCCAACGGUUUCUCCUUUCACAACGACCAUGAUGCAGAGCAGGACAUGGACAUGGAUGAGGAUGACCCCUUUGCUCAUAUCGGGAGACAGUUCGGCUUUCCAGGGGGGAUGAACAACGGCUUCCCAGGGGAGGGCCGCAGAAGGAGGGGGGUGCCGUCAGAGCGCCUGGGGACCGGGCGAAAGCACCAGGACCCUCCGGUGGUCCAUGAGUUGAAGGUCUCGCUGGAAGAGAUCUUCCACGGCUGCACCAAGCGCAUGAAGAUCACCCGCCGCAGGCUGAACCCAGAUGGGCGCAGCAUGAGGACAGAGGACAAGAUCCUUAACAUUAUCAUCAAGAAGGGCUGGAAGGAGGGGACCAAAAUCACCUUCCCGAAAGAGGGGGACGAGACCCCUGAGAACAUUCCUGCCGAUAUAGCCUUUGUGCUUAAAGACAAAGGGCACGUCCACUUCAAGAGAGAUGGUUCCAAUAUCAUUUUUAACUGCAAGAUCAGUCUAAAAGAGGCGUUGUGUGGCUGCACAGUUAGCAUUCCCACGCUGGAAAACCGCAUCAUCUCGCUCCCCUUUCAUGACAUCAUCAAGCCAGGGACGGUGAAGCGACUCAGAGGGGAAGGCCUGCCUUUUCCCAAGAACCCGUCACAGCGCGGUGACCUUAUCGUGGAGUUUUCUGUCCGUUUUCCCGACAGGAUUCCCCCUCAGUCCAGAGAGAUUAUCAGACAACACCUCCCCCAGUCAUAGAAAGACUCACCUUCAACCCUUCCACCACCACACACUCUAGACUAAAUGGCCCAAAUCGAGAAAACCAACCCUUAAUACCCUCAUUGUAGUUUCCCUUCCCACUUCCCUGAGUUAAUGCACGCAGCAUUAAACAGACACUGUUGUUUGUAAGGACUUUACAGUGGGAGGAUGAAGGAAGAAUGCCUAGACAAAUGGCAGUUUGUUUUGUUUUUGGCCCAAGCACACACAUAUACACACACACACACACACACAGACACCUGAGUAGCGGAGCAGUGCUGAGGAUGGACUCAGCACAAUUGUGGCUUUUACCAGUCCUUUCUUAACUCUGUUUUAUACGGAUUCAUCAGUGGUUUUAUAUGCUGUCCAACUCUCUGAUCCUUGUCUUUUUGUGAUAGGAUGAAUCGUGAGAUAUUUUUUUAAAGAUUUUUUUUCCAGGAUUUUCCUUUCCAAAGAAAGUUUCAAAUAGGAUUAUUUAUUUUUACCUUGAGUGUACCAGCAGCUUCAGUAUGUUCAGUGCAAACUCCCGGUUUUAACAUAACUCCCAACCCCCCCACCUGCCACCUGCUUUUCUUAUGCUUACAGUCCAAUAAAGCAUUGUGCUUGAAGUCUGUAGGCCAUUUAGUAAGAUCUGUCCUCCCUAAAUUAGUUGUAUUGAUGUACUGAGUGCAAUGCCACCACACACUUAAAGUCCUGUGUUAUUUCAAACAGUAUUAGCAUAUCUCAGCUGCAUUGGAAAUCUUGGAAUGACAAUCACGUACAAUAACAGCAGUGUAAGCUUGGAUAAUACAAUCUGCACAUGAUAUGGGUGCUUUCCCUUCUGGACUGAAUAGCCUGGCUCGCUAUCUGAGGGACAUUUCGGUGCCUUAGCCACAUAUGUGAACACUCACACACAGGUCACACUGUAAUAAACACAACCAGCCAUGUUAGGGGCACAACAGAUGAUGCACUAUGCUGUGUUAGACAUUGCCAUUGGAAGCUGGUGAUCUUGGAAAACAGGUAAGUAAGCAAUGUAAUGUCAAUCACCAUAUUGUACUGUAUGUGAGCGAGGACAUUUUUAGGGGAGAGAUUUGAUACAAAACUCCUGAAUUUUGCCAGUGCAUCCCUGUAAAGUGCCGUACAAGUACAUGUUGGAUUUCCCAGAGAAAUAAAAGCAUUAAAUGAAUCUGAAGUCCACAGUAAAUAGAGAUUUUCUCUGGGAAAUCCAGCUUUGUUGUGUAUAUACUGCUUUCUCUUGUGCCAUUUGAAGGCCAUGUCUCGGUGCUACUGUGAGCAGUGUCAAAAAUAGACCCCCUUGGUGUCUACUUUUUUGUUUCAUGGUUUCAAUUUGUGAUUUGAUAAUUGCUUCUGUCCUCUGUAACACGUGCACAUCCAAUUUUACGUCUGUUUUUUCAAGUAGAAAACCCUGUUUGGGAAACAGGUUUUGUAAUAUUGCAGCAGCCGUUCUCUGUCUCAGCUGCAGGGAGCUCUCUUCAGCUCUUCCUACUGUAGUUUACAGCAAUGAUAAGAUGUAUGUGUGAGAAUGGUUUAGGAGGCCAACACUAGUAGGUCAUAUAUAUCUCAUGUAUGGGAAAAUGUUUGAACGCAACAUGUUGAUAAAUGCACUUUUAUGUCAUAAAAGAUACUGACGAAACUUUAAGUUGAUGAUGGGAGAGACUUGAAUGACUGCCUCUCAGAGCCUCCGGGGACGCUGGACUGUGGCUACAACCAGAAUGCACAAGGGCUGCUGCCGAAAGACUGUAACUGCUUUUGUGCAUUUUAAAAUGUUUAUGAUCUUUUCAUAAUUGCAACAAAUAAACCAAAUGUGUGAACUUAA